AUGCUAAUCGAUCAUUUAUUAUUAUUUUUACCAGGUUUCAUCAGUACAUCGAAUGCCAGUGUCAUUGGUAUCGAUCUGGGCACACAGUCCUUCAAGAUCGGUUUGAUCUCACCAGGAAAAUACGAGAUGGUCUUAAAUGAACAAUCACAACGUAAGACACCACAUCAAGUUGGUUGGUUCCGUGAAGAGAGAGUAUUUGGUUCAGAUGCAUUCAGUUUGUGGGUUAGAAAUCCAAAACAAGUAUAUUCAUUAUAUGAACCAUUGGUUGGUACUAUCUAUCGUGAUGGUAUCUUGGAGGAGAUUGGAAUGGGAUCACUCGGUUACAGCGUUUCGAAUGACACCGAGAGAAAUACUUUCAAGGUUAAAUACAGUGACGACGUCUACUAUACACCGGAGGAGUUGCUCGCUAUGACGCUGCGUCGUAUCAAAGAGCUUGCCUCUAACUACAUACAUGGCAACGUGAAGGAAUGCGUUAUUGCCAUUCCUCCAUGGCUGACAAGCACUCAGCGUCAGGCAGUAUUGGAUGCUGCCUCGAUGUCCGGUCUGAAUGUGUUGUCACUGGUCCACUCGAUCAACGCGGCAUCGUUGAAUUUCGCGACCGAUCGUGAGUUUGAGCGUAAUCAAACCGCCAUCUUCUACGACAUGGGUGCCAAGUCGACCAAGUUGUCGCUGGUCCACUUCAGCUCACACACCGAAGUGAAGAACAAGAAGAACCGUACCGUCACCAACAACGUCGUGAAAUCGAUGGAUUGGGACGAGAAUCUCGGUGGAUUGAACUUUGAUAUGGUCAUUGUUGAGUACCUCAAGGCCAAACUGAAAAAGCAAGACAGCAGCGUCGACACCGACGACUUGAAACUCACCAUCAAGCUGCUCAAAGAGGCAUCGAAAAUGAAGGAGACACUCAGUGUCAACCAACAGGCACACAUCUUCAUCGGUGGAAUCCAAGGAGAUACCGAUUUCUCAUCGGCCAUUACACGUACCGAAUUCGAGGAACUCGCAGCUCCACUCUUUGAACGUGCAGUUGCACCAUUGAAAAGAAUUAUCGAAGCAAAUGGAUUGAAUCCAAGCGAUAUUGAUUUCGUUGAAUUAAUUGGUGGAUGUAGUAGAAUUCCAGGUGUUCAAGCAGCUCUCAAAGCUUAUUUGAAACGUGAGGUUUUGGAUAAACAUUUGAAUGGAGAUGAAGCAGUUGCCAGUGGUGCAACUUUCUAUGCUGCCAGUCUUUCACAUUACUUCCGUGUCAAGGAUAUUAGAUUGAAAGAUAUCACACCAUUCGGUAUCGAUGUUAAAUUGGUUCAACAACCACAAACUGUAUUGUCUCAACAACAACAACAAGAUGAACAACAAGUUGAACAAUCAAAUGAUGACGACGAAUCAUCACCAUCAUCAAACAGCAAUAGCAACAAUAAUUCACCAGUAUUCUUCCGUAAGAAUAAUAGAAUCAAUAUUAAGAAAUCAUUGACAUUCUACAGUAACCAAUCGUUCUCUGUUAACAUUAGCUAUAGCGAUGUACAACCAUCGAGCAUCGCUUACUACACUGUCAGCAAUAUCCCAGUGGCAUCAGACAAUCUCAACUUCACCGGAAAACCAAAGAUUACCUGUUCGAUCCGUCUCAACUCCAAUGGUAUGGCCAUUCUCGAGAAGGCAGAGGCAGAGAUCACUGUUUUCACUCAACGUGUCAAAUCAACACCAUCUUCCAGCAAUUCAACUUCCAACUCAUCAUCAGCAUCGACUGCUUCCGCCGACGGAACCACCACAACUGAAGAAUCAACAGAAACAAAACCGACUGGUGAAUCCACACCACCCGUAACCGAGUUGGUAUCACGUGUUCAUAGAAUUCCAUUGAAUAUCAGCGUUGUCUACAGUGUCGUCCAACCAUUGACUCGUGAACAACUCGCAACCAUGAAUGUCCGAUUGAAUCAAUUGGAUGCCAAGGACAAGUCGCUGCGUGAUCUCAGACACGAGAAGAAUAACAUCGAAGCAUUCAUCUAUGAGACACGUGAUAAGCUCGACUCCGAAGAGUAUCAAGCUUGCUCCACUCCAGAGGAGCGUGAGACAUUCCUCGCCGACAUUGACGUCACCUCGCAAUGGUUGUCGGACGCCAACGACAACUCGCUCGAAGACAUCGUCGAAUUCCAAAAUCAAUAUCGUGAUAUCAAGAAGAAGGGAGACAAGAUCUUCAGACGUGUCUCUGAGAAGGCAAACAUUCCAGGUGCACUCGAAGAACUCCAGACUCUGCUCACCAAGCUGAAGCCACUGGUAGCCAACCUCACCAAGGACAUGGAGAAGCCAGAGGACGCCAAGCGUAUCACCGACAAGGUGGAGCAACUCGAAAAGUGGAUCAAGGAGAAAAAGUCAGAGUUUGACAGUGCCGACUUCACCAAGGAUCUCAGCUUCUCCAGUGCCGAUAUCAAGUUCAAGUUCUACGAUAUCGAAAAGACCGUCAAGGAUCAAUUGAAGCUGAAGAAGCGUCCACCACCCAAGAAACCAUCGACCACCACCAAGCCAAAGGAUGGUAAAUCGUCGUCAUCAUCAAACACUGCCAACAAAGAAGAUGUACCACCAACCACUGAUAACAAUACUGAAGAUGUACCAACAAACAACAACAAUGAACAAACCAUUGAUAUCGAACAACAAGAUCAACAAGAUCAACAACAACAAAAAGAAGAUACAAAGAAUUCUAUGUUUGAUGAAGAUGGUGGAUCAGAAGAUGAUAAUGAAAAUCAACCAAAGAAAUCAACCCAAAAUGGUCAUGACGAACUAUAA